AACUAUUACCACUUUCUUCAGAAGUUAGCUACAAUCUUUAUCCUUUUCUGUAAAUCCCUCUAAAACAACUAGAGACCUCCUUAAAAAUCCUAUCCUCCAAUAUCAAUGGAGCUGCUUCUUUUUCCCUCUUUGCUUAUCUUGCUGCCUUCCUUUUUCUUCUUGUCGGUCAUAGUUAAAAUAGUAAAGAAAAUCAAAGCGAACAAGAAACUGCCACCAGGGCCAUGGAGAUUACCCUUUAUAGGCAACUUACAUCAGCUAGUUGGCUCACUACCUCAUCGAAUUCUCAGAGAUUUGGCCAAUCAACAUGGACCCUUAAUCCACCUACAGCUUGGUGAAAUUUCCACCAUCGUUGUUUCAUCACCAGAAAUUGCCAAAGAGGUCUUGGUAACACAUGGCACUAUCUUCGUUGAUAGACCUUAUAUGAUUGCUGCAGAUGUGAUUACUUAUGGUUACAGGGAUAUUGUCAUGGCACCAUAUGGAAACUAUUGGAGACAACUACGAAAAUUUUGCACAGUGGAGCUUUUAACAGCAAAAAGAGUGCAAUCCUUUGAAUCAAUCAGACAAGAGGAAGUCUCAGGUCUUGUGAAAUAUAUAUCUUCAAACCAAGGGUCGCCAAUCAAUCUCACCAAGAAGAUAUUUUCGUUAACAUAUGAUAUUACAUCAAGAGCAGCAUUCGGUAACACAUGCAAGGACCGAGACUCUUACAUAAUAGUUGUGGAUGAAAUAAUAAAGUUGUCUUCUGGAUUCGGUCUAGCAGAUCUGUACCCUUCUUUUGGAUUGCUUGAGCUAAUUAGUGGAGUGAGACAGAAAGCUGAGGCUCUCCUUGAGAAGAGUGAUGGGAUACUUCAAGGCAUCAUUAAUGAAAACAGAGCCAGCCUGAAGAGAGGAAGAAUAGGUGAAGGAGAAGCCAAGGAAGACUUGGUUACUGUUCUUUUAAAGGCUCAACAACAUGGUGAUCUUGAAUUUUCCCUUACUGAUAUGGAGAUCAAAGCAAUCAUUUGGGAUAUCUUCGGUGGAGGGGGCGAAACAUCAUCAACAACCGUAGACUGGGCAAUGGCAGAAAUGUUGAGAAAUCCAAAGGUGCUAAAAAGGGCACAAAAUGAGGUAAGACAGGUCUGUCAUGGAAAAAGAGAUGUGGAUGAAGCAAGUCUUAAAGAAUUAAAAUAUUUGGCAUUAGUUAUCAAAGAAACCAUGAGGUUACACCCUCCGUUUCCUCUGUUAGUUCCAAGAGAAAGUCGAGAGAAUUGCGAAAUCAAUGGCUACCAAGUACCUACCAAGACCAGAGUCAUAAUCAAUGCAUGGGCUAUGGGAAGAGAUCCUAAGUACUGGAGUGAAGUUGAGACAUUUUAUCCUGAAAGGUUCCUCAAUAGUUCCUGUGAUUUCAAAGGAACAAAUUUGGAGUAUAUCCCAUUUGGUGCAGGAAGAAGGAUGUGUCCAGGCAUAUCAUUUGCGCUUCCGAACAUUGAGUUGCCUCUCGCAAAAUUGCUUUACCAUUUUGAUUGGGAGCUUCCAAGUGGACUACCGCAUGAAAAUUUGGAUAUGUCUGAAACAUUUGGCUUGACUGCUAGAAGGAAAGACGACCUUGUCUUAAUUCCGACCACUCAUAGUCAUUUAUCUGCCUACUAACAUUUUUAUUUCCGUAUAAUGUUAUAUAAAUAAAUAUGUUUUUUUUUUCAUUUUAUCAUCUAUUAUUGACUCAUGAUGGGUGCUCCCAUAAAUUUAUUUUCAAGAUAAUGAAUUAAUGAUGUAAUUGAACGUC